AUGCUUUCUAGGGCGAUUUUUCAGAGAGAUAUUGUAACUCUUUCUUACCGAAGAAUUUCAACGUGUUCAGUUCAAUUUUCUUCGAAGCUUGCGAAGACUGAUUUUGCGGAAUGCCACCACUCUUCAAUUUGGGCCUCAACUUUCCUUCCAUUCGAAAAGACCGCCGUUCCUAUCGACCGAACGCUUGAACGCGCCGUCGAAUCCAACCCAAAAAUGACCCCUGAGAAGGUGGCGGAUCAACUCGAAGCUGAGCCGAUUAUUCGCCCAAAACUUCAAUUUCUUCAGCCGCUGAUGUUCGCUGUCCUGUUUUAUCUAUUUGCUGUCAGAAUUCAACAACUCAAACAUCUAAGCAGACUCGAACAAGAAAAUCAAGAAUUUAAUGCACUGACAGAUGACGAGAAACGAUCUUUAUUCGAAACAGAUGAAAAUUACACUUUCUACCGAAGCAUUUUGGAUCUUUAUUUUGGAACUUGCUUUACUGCUCUUGUUUUCUUUCGUCUUGCUGCUCUCAGGCGCUUCACAAUUGCUAAGCAAGCCUGGUUCUGUGGAAAAACGGGAGUGACCACAGUUCGAGUUCAAUCAGUAUCCAUCGCUGGCAACGCACCAACUUACAUCAACGUCCCUCCCAGUUCGACCGAUUUCGUCAUCACUGCCGACCUCAAUGAGAUCCAAAAUAUUCCUGCUCUGAGGCAAGAGCCAGAAAAUACAGUUGAUAAGAUUUUGCAAAAACUUAUUCCAAACAACAAGAUAAGCAGCUCUGCAAUCGGAGACAAUGGAGGACUAGCGCUAGUUUUUCCAUCUUGCUAUCUUGAUAUGGGCGCUGCUUUUGGCACGUUGGAGAAUUUGACAGUUAUCAUCAACGGCGAAGUGGCGCAGACGAUGCAUGAAAAGGCUAAGGAAACGAAACGUUUUUCUGAAACUGCGUUUGGUGCUAAAUUUAUUCGGGAGACAGCAAAACUGUGA